CACAACUCCAUUGAAGCCAAACAGUCGCAACUCCAUUGAACAACACAUUAUGUUUAGUGUCUUCUACUAAACAAAAUCAACAAAAACAAUAGCCAAAAUAGAAGAAACUACCCUCAGCACAAAUGAACACUAGCAAGCUAGGUGACAACCAAGUAGGAAUUACACGGACGACGUCAAACUUUGAACUAAGGACUCUGCCUCUAAUCCUUUACCAUUAAACCGAUCCUAUUGGCUUAAUUGCUGCAAGACCAUGACUGUAAAUUUCUAGGUUUCCUUGAUUGUUUGCAUUUUCUUUACAUUUGAACACUUGGAAGGGUGGUUUCUGUGAAGCAAGAAAGAAAAAUCAACUCAGGAUGUAGAAACAAGUUAGUCUAUGCUUGUCUGAGAAAGAAAAUGAAGCUUCAAAGAGAUGUGAUAGGAAGUGGUUUUUCACCAUUUCCAUUUGAUUGGAGCAAUGUUCCCAGGCGAUUGCGAACAAAGAGAAAGGGAAAAUUCCAUGGCAAGGAAACACUUUCUAGACCCAAGGAAGCACUUUCUAAACCCAAUGAAGAGCUUUCUGAACCCAAGAAAGCGCUUUCUAGACCCAAGGAAAAGCUAGACAGUGGAGUUUUUGAUAUUUACUUGAAGAAAAUAUGGAAGAUUUGCUCAGAAGAUAGGAAGAGACACUUUAUGUACUUUGACAGCUUAUGGUUUAGCCUUUACAGGACUGCUUUAUCUAAAGACAAGGUGCUGACUUGGAUUAAAAAAGAACAUAUCUUCUCAAAGGCAUAUGUUUUUGUUCCUAUAGUCUGCUGGGGUCACUGGAGUCUUUUGAUCCUCUGCCAUUUUGGUGAAAGCUUGCAAUUAACUACCAGGUCACGGUGCAUGUUGUUGCUGGAUUCUCUUGAAAUGGCCAAUCCAAGGCGACUUGAACCUGAGAUUAGAAGAUUUGUACUAGAUAUUUAUAAAACAGCGGACAGGCCUGAGACUAAGCAUCUCGUAUCUCAAAUUCCAUUUUUGGUGCCCAAGGUGCCACAACAAAGAGAUGGUAAUGAAUGUGGAUUUUUUGUCCUCUAUUUCAUUAAUUUGUUUUUGGAGCUUGCACCUGACAAUUUUAGCAUGGAGGGGUACCCUUACUUUAUGAAAAAAGAUUGGUUUACCUUCAAUUGCUUGGAUAGUUUUUAUGAGAGACUUGACUCACUGAAUUAGGUGUCCCCAAAUCUGACUAGAAUAGCGAUUAGAUCUAACAUAUUUUAUAGUUGACUGAUUAUAUUGCAUUGGUAACGGGGUGAUUUGUUCUUAUAGGAGGCAGGGGUACCUAGAAGUUUUGUAUAUUAGAAAGAGUACCCUCUUCCAUGCAUGUAAUUCAACUACAUUGGAAUUAUAUUUUGUUCUGA